AUGGCGGGAACCGCCAGUGGCAGAGCAUCCGGUGGUACAGUCAUCAAAUACAGAUGCGAUGAGGGUGGAGGCGGCGCGGCGACUGGCACGGGGGGGCGGACGGCGUCGCUGCGACUUGCGAACGGUCGCGUCGCAGCGCAGUCGGCCGAACAAUUGCCGCAUUCGCCAGCGGACUGCGCCUCCGUGCGUAUUUCCAUGGACAACACCAACACCUGCUGCACCGACUCAUUGGUCACGGCUCUGGACGAUGAGACGUUGCUUCUAGGUAAGUCGGUUUGA